AUGAGCACCCUAUUUGGAGAUCAAUGGAAUGUCAGUACUCGAUUCAACCUUGUCCGCCUCCAGGCAUUGUUGGAGCCGUAUUACGAUAUAACUACCGUUGCUAGACAAUGGUCCCUGAGCAAAGACCAGGCAAGUCCUGGCCUGGUGGUGUUGAAGAUGAAAGAGCGGGCCACUGCUAAAGGCACUUUCGACAGGACCGACUUUGUACCCAGUCAUGAAGCGAAUCAUAUUCUUCCCGCCGACCCAUUGUUCACUCGGCUACUGACGCUGGCCCACCGCCCGAACCCUCGGCCGGCGAUACGCGACGUCAACGCGGGCACAGAGAGAUCGACGGCACAGCUGCUCAGCGACACACUCAGACUGCGGCGAGUCCUCAAACGAGGUCUCAGUACACAGACGAUUGACGACCUGCACCAUGGCAGAGAAGUGUAUAUCAGCAUCCUCGCCCCAGGAGGAUACGAGUUUGCUGUGGGCGUCUUGGCCAUCAUGGCCCUCGGUGCGGCCGCCAGUCCACACAGCAGCGCCCAGCCGGUCAAGGAGGCCGCAUACUACGUGAACAAGUCCCGGUCGGUAGCGGUGCUGACAGCUACGCCGUCGCUGGAUCUGGGGGAAGCCCUUGCAAAGGAGAUUCGGGCCACGGGCAACCCAGAGUUCGUGUCCGUGCCGAUCAACGGCAUCGAUUGCGAAGCGCCUUUCCCCCUUGACGCCAUCAAGAUCUCUUCCAACCGUUGGCACGAUCCAAAUGCGCCUGGAGUGGUCAUCUUCACCUCGGGAACGACAGGGCCGCCUAAGGGUGCAGUCCUGCGUCGAGCAGCGGUGAUGGAAGGCUCCAUGUGCUUCGCGCAGCAGAUCGGUCUGCAGGAGUCCGACGUCCUACUUCAUCUCUUGCCCGUACAUCACGCGACAGGGAUCUGGGUAUCGUUCUUCCCAUUCAUCCAGACCGGGGCAUGUAUCGAGUUUCGGUCAGGCAGCUUCGACCCAAAGUGGACCUGGAAUCGUUGGAGACAGGGCGGCUUGACACACUUCACAGGCGUCCCUACUAUCUACAUGAGAUUGAUGCGAUUUUACCAGGAACAUCUGGUGAAGCUGUCGGCCCCUGAUCUUGAAACAUACAGAGCGGCCGUCGCUGCGUUCAAAGUCUGUCUUUGUGGUACCUCUGCACUGCCGAUGCCCAUCAAUGACUUCUGGAGCGGUCUCAUGAAUGGCCGCCGGAUCAUCCAGCGAUAUGGCUCGACCGAGAUGGGCGUCGUAUUCAAUAUGUCCGUUGAUCCCGAUGAGGACGUUCCUGAUGGGUCAGUCGGACAGGUGACAUAUGGAGUCGAGGUAAAGCUCACUGACGGAGAUGAAGGAGAAGUCUCAAUCAAGUCCUUCAACAUGUUUUCAAGGUAUCUCCACGAUCCCCAAGAAACAGCAAACGCCCACGACGGGGAUGGUUACUUCAAGUCUGGUGAUGUUGCACGCCGAGAAGGUAAGUAUUAUUUCAUUGUCGGCCGCGCUUCGGUCGAUGUCAUCAAAUCUGGCGGGUACAAGAUCUCGGCCUUGGACAUUGAACGGGAGCUGCUCGCCCUGCCAUACAUCGGCGAGGUUAUGGUAGUAGGAGUUCCAGACGAUGAAUUUGGUCAGCGCGUGGGAGCCGUGGUAUCCUUGCGGAAUGAUCGAGUUGCGCGUGACUUCUUUGUGCGAAGCAAACGAAAGCCUAAGCAGUUGCGGCUCGACGACCUUCGUGCAGACGUGCGAAGUCGUCUGGCAGGAUACAAGUUGCCAACGCUGUUGCGAGUCAUAGAGGAUGAGCUUCCAAAGAGCGGUACCGGGAAGGUGGUGAAAAAGGUUCUCGGGCCUCAGUAUUUCCCUCCCGACUAUACCAAGGACAAAGCUGUACAGGUUUGGAAUAGUACGAAAUCUGGUGGGCGCACGAAGUUAUGA